AUGCAAAAUCAUGCAUCUGCGGCAUCUGCCUACAUCCGGCCGGGAACACCUGGGGAUGUAGUCAAUCUCUGUAUUGGCGGACGUCUUUUUAUCACCCGAAGGGCGACUCUCUAUCGUCUGCCAGACAGCCGUCUCUACAUGAUUGCAACACAGGGUGAGGAGGCCGCUAGAGCUGCAUCCCAGAAGCACGACUGCCAAACUCAACUCUCUUCUGACAGCCAGUACAUCGGUGAAUACACCGUUGGUGGUGCUACCUUGCUACCUAAUGCCGUCGCCUCUUCCCUGUUUGGGAAUAAGGAACUUAUCUCGGCUGCAGCCGUCUGCAAAAACCAAGUCUACAACACAUCCCCUUCCCAAAGCCAUUCCACACGUCUGUUGGAUAAUAAUCACUCGUUUUCCGGGGCGCUUCAACACGAGAAAAUGACAGUCGCUCCUCAACCUGUGUACUUUUUCGAUAGGGAUCCAGAAAUCUUUCGAUUUGUGCUGGAUUACUACCGCACGGGAGAGCUCCAUUUGCCAACAAAUAUCUGUGGGCCGUUUGUUCGUAAGGAAUUGAUUUUCUGGGGUAUUGACGAAUCUCUCAUUGAUCCCUGCUGCAUGCCAGCCUACAUGAGGUACGAUGAAGAGAAAAGAACCAAAAAAACACUUUUUCGGGAUUGUUUUGAGGAUAUUGACUCUAUGCAGAAUUUGGUCAAAUUUUCUCGUGGGUGGAAAAAGUGGCGCUAUAGGAUGUGGCUAUUUAUGGACCAUCCUACAUCGUCGUUUGCUGCUCAGGUAAGUUUCAUUUGCUUUCUUUUAUUACUUAACAAAGCAGAGAUUGCGCUGUGUGGACGAUCUUAA